GGUUUGUUUACCAAAUGGGCCAAUAAUGGAUGAUGGACCCUAAUUACCAAAUGGGCUAAUAAUGGGCCCAUUUAAAACCUUUGGGCAUAUGUUGGGCAAAUCUGAGAUUAUCCAUGGAUCAGAUCGGGUUCGAUCCGACCCGAAACAAAAACCUGGCCUCUCAGAAGUAUUGCGCCGAGGCUAAGGGUCGUUUUUCUGAGAGAAACAUGGCGGCCAACGGUGCGAGAAGAACCCUACAGCUGUCGUCAUCGUCGGCAAAAACCCUUAUCGGUCGUUCGUCGGCGGUGAGUUCCGCUUCGAAGUUCGCCGGAGUUUCUGUUUCUGAGUCUUCCUCUGCUUCUUCUCGCUUCUCACUUCGCAGGUUCACUUCCUCCAGGGUUCCUGUGGGGUUGGGAGGAGCUUUGUCAAUGAUGCCGUUGCAUAGUGUCACUGCCUCAGCUUUGUUCACUUCGUUGUUAUCUCUCAGCAAUCAAAACUGGGGUUCUCUGUCCGAAGGGUUCGCCACACCACUAUAACACGGCCCUGAGAAUUCAAGAAAUCAAGAAAUCAAUUUUCAUGUCAGCAUCACUUUCUAGCCUUCUUUUGUGUUUCUGCCUUUCCAGCUUUGGAAGAAGAGAAGCAAAAGGUGUUUUGCUCUGAUUCUGAGGCUCUUUAUUUGGACGUUUGGGAUAAAUUUAAUUUGGUGGUAGAUUGACCGCUUAUUGACGAGAGAAGUUGAGUCUUGUUCCACCUUGCAGCAACACGAAAUUGUUCUUACAGGACUAGGAUGUCUUGGAUUGAUUAAAUCAAACCCAUUAUUUCGAGUUUUUUUUUUAAAAAAAGACAAUUAAAUCAAA